GUUAGAGUAGGGCGGGACCGUGCGGGACAUGUCUUCGCAAUCCUAGGUGACGGGUGAUAGCCGCUUCCGGUCUACGCCAGUUGUAAACGAAAGCGCAUUUUGUGUCAAGUACUGUGUUGAUGAUCUUUCAGCCGCUGCAUCUCCAACUUGAACUUUAAUUACUGUUUGACUGCGAAGUUGAACAACUGAGAGAAAUGUCUUCAGCACAGACAUUUUUAGACCCAAACCAACACAAGCGUGUAUCUGCUAAGUCCAACCCUGGAUUCCUGGAACGGUUAGGUGAAACUGCAGGAGGAACAGUUGUUGGUGUCGGACUGUUUUUCCUCUCAAUCUAUGUUCUUUUUACCAAUGAAGGACGGGCUCUGCGAACAGCAUCUUCGCUGGAUGAGGGUCUUUCUCAGGUUGUGUCGUUGGGUCCGUUCUCCAGCCUCGACCUGCAGAACAACAACCGUUUAGUUCAUCUGUCCGCACGGCUGCACACCUCACAGCCCCUCCACGACCCAAAUUACAGAGUGGUGGUGCAGGCAGUGAAGCUUAAGAGGCAGGUGGAAAUGUAUCAGUGGGUGGAGUACCAGGAGAGCAAGGACUACCAAGAGAACGGUGAGACCAAAACCGAGACGACGUACACCUACAACACUGAGUGGAAAUCCGAACUGGUCAACAGUCGUCAUUUUGACUUGGAAAUGGGACACCAGAACCCGAGUGCCAUGGCGGUUGAGAGUGUGACAGUUGUGGCUCCUGAAGUCGGAGUUGGACCUUUCAGUCUGUCUAAAGGCCUGGUGGAGCAGAUUAAUCAUUUCCAGACGCUGAGUCUCAAGGAUUUUUCUUUCGACCCUUUUCUCAGCAUCGAUGACGAUUAUUUCUAUCACACUCAAAACCCACGCAGGCCGGAGGUUGGGGAUGUGCGUGUGAGAUUCUCCUACGCUGGACUGAGUGGCGAGACGUCUCCCCUCGGCCCGGCUCAAACUGUCAGUAUUGUGGCCAUGCAGAGAGGGGAGCAGCUGAUGCCUUUUAAAACCAAGUCAGGAGACACUCUGGAGAUCCUGUACCUAGAGGAGCUCUCUGCAGAGGAGGUUUUUGCCAAAGAAUUCCAGUACAACAAUAUGAAGACAUGGGCACUCAGGGCGGCUGGCUGGGCCCUCAUGUGCCUUAGUAUUCAGCUGACCAUGCGCAUCAUCUACACACUGGUGGAUUGGGUUCCUAUUCUCAGAGAGCUUGUGUCCGUGGGGCUGAAGAUCUUCGCCCUGUGUGUCUCCUGCUCUCUGUCCCUUCUCACCAUCGGAGCAGGUUGGCUUUUUUACCGACCAUUAGUGGCUGCAGCUCUGGGAGCUCUAGCUCUGGUUCCGGUAUUUCUCGCCCGCUCAGGACUUCCAGCCAAGAAGAACGAAUGACAAAUAAACUGAUUGUCACAACAAUUGCUGAUGCCCGUCUGUAGCUAGUCAUCUGAGGAAGGAGACUGUUGUGCAGCCAUUUUUUUUUCCCACAGCAGGGUUACAAACCACAGAAGACUUGCGUUAUUGGGUAAAAAAGACAUUCUAUGGUGAUGAGGGGGGAUUCUGGGGGCUUGAACAUAAUAUUUUUUUAGUUACAGGGGGCAUGAAUUUAUCACCCUGAAGAUAUGUUAAUGGUUAAAAAGAAAUCACACGUCAACCACUGCUGGUGUCGUUGCUUUCAGACCACAAAUGUUAUCAGAUGUGGCCUUUUCAAAGUCUACUCACCCAUGAAAAUCCUCACUCCAUUAUCUUGAUAUUCUGUUGCUUGCAAUGGGCAACAUAAUAUUACUCUAGGUAUAUUCUGACUGUAAAUAUAACUUGUCAAACAUGUGUUCCUUCCUCCACUAAACGUACUUAUUUGUUCUCUAACUUGAGGUGAUGUGUAAACAUUUUUCCUUAUUCUUUUUCUUUUUGAAAAUGAUGAAUGUUGUUUUGUUUAAAUUAAAAUACCAAUCUUCGUAAAAUACCAAAGAA